UGCAGUCACGGUGAUGACGUUUGAAUUAACACAUGCGCGGUCGCGCACUUUACCUUUUACGCGGGUUUUUUGGCAAGGCCUAUAGUGAAACCUCUUUUGAUUUAAUUUUCGUUGGCACAUUACUCGCGUGUAAUUUUCAAAUUGAAUAAUAAGUCUUUUAAGCAAUAAAAAAUAUCCUAAAAGCUUUAAUUAAUGCGUUGGAAAUGCAAUAAGCUAAUUAACUAAUGAUAAAUGAUGACAAUUUCUCUGAAAUAUUUUGAAUGAAGUAUUGGUGCGUGACGCUCGUCACAUACUCAGACGAUUAUUUAAUCCUUGACCAAUCGAGUAGUCCUGACGACUAACCUAAUCGACACGGUGAUUUAGUAAUAGAUACUAUGUCCAUUACAUUACGACACUAACCUGCGUACCCGUGUUAGACAUGGUCAGUUAUAAUUAAACGAGCACCAAAUAUCGUCGUAUUAAAAAAGUUACCACGAAGGUUGUGUAGACUCUGUGCAAGAAAAAAAAACAAAUUUAAAAUUCGAAUACUUUCGAAGUUUGAAAACAAGGCCCUCGUUUAAAAUUUGUUCGAAGUUGGUGUUAACUUUUUGUUUGAACGAUGGAGCUUGUGAAAUUUUUUUACGUGUGGACUGUGCUUACAUUUCUGGUAUUACAUGGUGUGCUGGUUGGCACAGAGCAGAGUGCUUUCGAAUUGCCUGUGCAAUUAGUCGGGUUCCCGUUUAUCAUUAUGGCUGUGAGAGUGACGAAUUUUAUCAAGAAAUUAUCGUACGCUCUUAGUCCAGCCACAUACCGAUCAAGAAACCGCCGCGAGUUGACAUUCGCAAGCGAACCAGAAACAUUCGAUGUACAAGAAGUAGAGAAAUACAUAGUGGGUGAAUUCGGUACACGGGCCUGUGUGUUUGAGCGAGUAUGUGCUCAAUAUGCCAAGAGAGCUAGAACACAGCCGAAACCGCAGAUGGACUGGCCUGAUGUGUUUAGCCAAUACAAAAGUUCACCAGACCAAGCCAAAGAACUAUAUCUUCUCAGCGUGUUUCUAGGUGACAUAGUGGGUUCUCCUCAGCUCUGCCACCAGUUAGGCAAACGAAGAGGCUGUGAUGAUUCCUUCUUGAGAUAAAAUAUAAUUGCUUUAUUUUAUACCUUUUUGUAUUUGUAGGAAAAAAGGUGUGUGGUUGUAAGAACGAAAUAAGCUGUUCAUUGAUUAUAUUCAAAUUGAAUUCAAAUUUUAUGCAAAUACAUAUCUACACGGUUACCGAUUACACGGGAUAGAACAAAAACAUCGUUACAUCCCAAACUAUUUUUUUAAUAGAUAUAAUUCGAUGAUUGUGUUUUUCCUAGUAUGAGAGGUGAGGUCUUAAAAUAUGGAAAUGUUAAGUGCAUGCUUUUUAAUUAUAAUAGUUUUAAUUGUUUUUAUGCAUUGAUAGUUGAUACUAUGUGGGUGAAAAGAAUUAGAUAAAUAAUUUGUGUAGAUUUAAUGUUUUUUAUUUGGUGCUUUUAUAAUUAUUUAGUUUUUUUAGAGCAUUGUUUGGUAUUGUAUAUAAAUAUGUAGUAAAAUAUUUUGUAUGUAUGUACUUAGAAAUACGCAAUAAAAAGUUACCACGUCAAUUAAUGUGAUGUAUUAUUAAGCAGUACGUUUGUAAAUAUUAAGCAUAAUUAUUUUAUUAUAAAAAUUUUAAAUAGAGCUAGUUUCACGAUUUGCCCAAAAAGCCAUUUUUUGGCUUAUAUUUUCUCAUAAUAUUUGUCAUUAAAUUAUUUUUAACGACUAAUAAGCCAAUAAGAACUUAUUCAGUUGUGAAUCUGGUUAUUAAAAUUAUAGGUUUUGCCUUAUUACGAUAAGUAGGUAGAAGAAAUUGUAAACUUAGAAACCAUGUGUUAAAUUUUUAAAAUUUAUAUUGUUGACUCUAAGAUGUAAAUUAGAAUAAAUUUCAGAGAUACCCAAUUAGAAAGAAAAUGUGUUCACUUAAUAUAAAUAGUAAUAAAUCUUUGUUGUUUUAUAAUAAUUGCAUGAUAUUAUGAAUUUAAUAUUAAAUGUAAUUUAUUAUUGUUACACAAAACUAGUGUAACACGUUUAUAUGUGUUUAUAUAAUUUAGUUGUAUAUUAAUCGCGCGCAUCAUAAGUUACCUAUAUUUGUGAUGAAUAAAAGUUAAUAGUUUUUAUAAACUGUUUAGUUAUUUCUCAAUAACUUAGUACAGGAAUUAUUAUUAAGUAUACGUUAAAAAACUCGUGAAUUCUUCCUCUUAGUUGCCAGUUUAUGAAGUAAUAUUGGAUCUUAUUUCUUAUUAUGGCUUCAGAAUUUACAGUUCAAUACUUGGUGAAAUGUUUACUAAUAAACUGGAUAAUUAUUAA